GUGGAAUCUGAUUGGCUGAGGCGGGGAGGAAGUGUGGCCGCAGAGAUAGGAAAAGCGAACGCAUGGAGAGGCGGGACCGAGGCCAGAGCCAAGUCCCCCUCUGAUUGGUCAACCGAGGAAACACAACGUCGCGUGCCGUCUGAGACAAACCGUGGUUUCAUUGGGUGGGCCCCGCAAUGAUUGACAGGGCAACCAGCCAAUAGCAGGGUGGCGCCGGUUUGCCGCGCGUAGUUUGGGUGGGCGACGGUUAGUUAGUUAGUCAGCCAGUGGCUGACUCGCCUCAGUGGGGUCUCUGCCUGCAGUUUGGGGCUUUGAGAGGAAGACAUGGCCGGAGGAGGCGGCGGCUCCUUUUACGCCGGGCCAGGGACGCACUCCGGCGCAGACUCGCCGCCACUUUUCAGCCUGAGGCGAAGGUCGAAGCACCAGGAAGUGGUGGUGCUUGAAAAGGUGUUGGGGAUAACCACUCAGACCAGCAGUGGCUUGGCCUGCGACCCAAACACAGGACAGAUUGCGUAUCCGACAGGAUGCGUGGUUGUGGUUUUCAAUCCCAGGAAGAAUAAACAGAGGCAUAUCUUUAAUACGUCCAGGAAAAACGUGAGCGCUUUGUCUUUCUCUCCCGAUGGGAAAUAUAUUGUCACUGGCGAGAACGGACAUCGCCCGGCAGUCCGAGUCUGGGAUGUUGAAGAGAGGACGCAAGUGUCGGAGCUCUACGGACAUAAACAUGGGGUGGCCUGCGUGGCGUUUUCUCCCAACAUGAAGUACCUUGUCUCUGUGGGAUAUCCUCAUGACAUGAUUGUUAAUGUGUGGGACUGGAAGAAGGAUGGACUAAUUGCCUCCAACAAAGUAUCUUGCAAGGUUAUCGCCGUCUCCUUUUCAGAGGACAGCUACUUUGUUACUGUCGGCCACCGCCACGUUAAAUUCUGGUUCCUGGAUGUGUCCAAGGAAAUUAAGAUUAAGGAGACUGUCCCACUGGUUGGUCGCUCUGGCCUUCUUGGGGAACUUCACAACAACAUCUUCUGUGGCGUUGCGUGUGGGCGAGGGCAAAUGUCUGGCAGCACCUUCUCCGUUUCUUAUUCUGGGAUCCUCUGCCAGUUUAAUGAGAAGCGUGUGCUGGAAAAAUGGAUUUAUCUGAGGGUAUCUCUAGCCUACUGUAUCUGCGUUAGUGAAGAAUUUAUUUUCUGUGGUUGUGCCAAUGGAACUGUGCGCAUCUUCCACACUCAUAACCUGCAUUACCUCUCAGACUUGCCAAAGCCUCACCCUCUGGGUGUCGAUGUCGCUGGAGAAGAAAUAUUAAGAAGACCAGAUGCCACUUACCCAGACACUAUUGCCUUGGCUUAUGAUCCCUGCCAUCACUGGCUCUCCUGCGUAUACAAGGAUCACAGUGUGUACAUCUGGGAUGUGACGGACAUCUGCAAAGUUGGGAAAGUGUGGUCUGACCUCUUCCAUAGCUCUUUUGUGUGGAAUGUCGAGGUUUAUCCUGAGUUUGAAGACAAUCAAAGCUGCCUACCCCCAGGAUCCUUUUUAACAUGUUCAUCGGAUAAUACUAUACGUUUCUGGAACUUGGGAAAUGACCCACAAGCUCAUUUUUCAAAUAAUGUCUACAGUAAUAACUUACUGAAGGUUGUAUAUGUGGAGAAGAACACCCAUCAUUUACAGGAUUCAACAAAUGUUCCUGAUCGAGGUGAAAAUACCAGCUGCCCUGAUGUGAAAUCUGGUGUCCGUGUGAUGCAAGUGAGCCCUGAUGGCCAGCAUUUGGCCUCUGGUGACAGAGCUGGGAAUUUGAGGAUACACGAGCUAAAAUAUAUGGACGAAGUGAUGAAAGUCGAAGCCCACGAUUCAGAAGUUCUCUGCUUGGAAUAUUCUAAACAAGAAACUGGGAUGGCUCUGCUGGCCUCAGCAAGCCGAGACAGACUGAUCCACGUGUUAAAUGUGGAGAAAAAUUACAAACUAGAGCAGACAUUGGAUGACCAUUCCUCAGCCAUAACUGCUGUGAAGUUCACUGGAAAUGGAGACGUUCAGAUGAUUAGCUGUGGAGCCGACAAAAGCAUCUAUUUUCGCAGCGCUCAAAAGAUUCCAGAUGGAAUUAAUUUCAUCCGAACCCACCAUGUUGCUGAGAAAACAACCUUGUACGACAUGGAUGUUGAUAUAACUCAGAAAUACGUUGCUGUGGCCUGUCAGGACAGAAAUGUCAGGGUUUACAAUACGGCCAGCGGGAAGCAGAAGUGGUGCUACAAAGGCUCCCAAGGUGAUGAUGGAUCCUUACUGAAGGUCCAGUUGGAUCCUUCUGGAACAUUCCUGGCUACCAGUUGCUCUGACAAGAGCAUAUCCAUCAUUGAUUUCCGCUCUGGAGAAUGUGUCGCCAAAAUGUUUGGCCAUUCAGACGUUGUGACAGGAAUGAAAUUUACCUUUGACUGCAAACACCUGAUCACCGUUUCAGGAGACAGUUGCAUCUUUAUAUGGCAUCUUAGCCCUGAAAUUACCACCUGCAUGAGGCAACACUUGAUGGAACUAGAUCAAGCCCAUGAGCAGAGGAGAGCCAAGAACCUCCCUUGGUCACAUCAGCUCAGGCAGGAAACCUACAUUGCUGUGCCCAGCAGAAGGGACCCCUGUGCUACCCAAGGCCUGACAAACUAUGAAACAGAGGAGGAGGAGGAAAGGGAAGAGGAGGAAACGUCUCUUCAGACUCCCACUAAAUAUGACCUUGAUACAGCUCCCACAUGCAUCCUGACCAAUGGCAAGCUGCCCAUGUGGGCCAAGAGACUCCUUGGGGAGGCAGAUAAUUCGGAGAGCAGUUCCUAUAACACCAGGGUGAGUUACCAGCCACAAGGGCGAUGGGCUGAGCGUGCCAACAAGGAGCCGAUUAAAAUCAUACAGGCCCCGGACCUCAACUAUUUCACCCCAAUUAAAAAUGACAGCAUGGACGACAUCGAGCUGGAGCCGCAGAAUUUGGAUCGGCUGCUCUUGGAGAGCGAGAACUCCCCAGGCAAUGUAACUGAAGAAUUCAAGCAGGCAGAGCUGUUCUCUGAAGAUGAAGUAACUGAAGAGCUGGAAACCAGUGGGCAUGGCCUACAUGGCACACAGAUUGGCACCCACCCAUCUGACAGAGAGAGGGAAUAUGUGAAGGAGUUACCUCUUCAUCCCAUUUACCAAAAGGAUGGUGCUGGCACAAAGGAGAAGCCCCUAGAUAAAAUCUGCUCUGUGACUCCCUUGGGCUCUGAGGCAUCAUCUUAUGGCCACCAGCAGGAAGACCAAGAAUCUGUGGCCUCGGAGGUGGAAACAAUUGGCCCGGCCAAACACUUCCAGCAAAGCAGCUCUUUGCCCCAAACCCCAGAGCAGGAGAAGUACCUGAAACAUCAUUUUGAGACGCUGGCUGAUGCCCACACAGAAGAAAAGUUUGACGGUUGCCUAAAGGAUCUGACGCCACCUGAAGACAAGGAUGAAGAGGAGGACACCUUGUUCCUGAACCCUCGCCUGAGCAUCUCUGCCAGAUUUCACUCACGCUGCCAAACAAAUAACCGGUUUACCACCUCCUUUCUGCCAUGGGGCCAACAGCAUGCUGAAAUGGCAACUGUAGAGCUGAUUAAGGAGGAGAGUCCACUAUCCAGUGAGUUGAAGAAACUGGAGAAACCUUCCGUGGAAGUUUGCUCCGGGCUGAAGGAAAAGUUGGAUGCUAAAGUAUACAGCACUUCUGAAGCCCAGGUUCUAGUCAAGAACUUUGAAAGGAGCUUGCAUCCUUUGUGCACCAAAUUUCAAGAGACUUUGCAGCUUUACGAUGAGGUGACUGCCUGCAGUGGCUCAACUGCGGAGGAUCUCCUCCAUAUCAAGAACUCACUCUUUAGUACUUUCUGUUGGAUGAAAAAUGAGCUGGAUUCACGCGCGAUCAGGAGCCACAUGGAUGCGGCCACAGCCACAGACGGUUCGUCCUCUUGGCCGAAGCACCUCCAGGACAGCGAAACCCGCUCUCUUCUGAAACAUUACUCUGACUCUCUGCUGAGUAUAGUCCAGAGAAAGCUGGAUGAAAUUCACAAGACGGAUGUGGCUUGAAGUGUCCCAACUAUUUCUCCUUUCGCUGCACUGAUGAGCGUAAGCUAAUGCAGGACAAUCAUUGCUUUGUAACUCCUGAGGAGUUGGCUGUUCUUUGAGAGAACUGGUUUGAAUUUUAAUUACAGCCUUUCCCCACACUUUUAGGCAAUUCACACACAUACUGACAAGUUUGUUCUUUUUUAGCUUUCUGGCAGCCUCUUGCAAGCAGUAUUCUUUAUAAGAAUGCAUGAAGAAAGAGGCGUCAAACAGCCUUGCAUGUUCUGGGAUUUUCCUAGUGUUUUCUAUGUGUGCGUUGGGACACUGUUUUCUGACGGUUG